ACGGACGAUGGCUUGCAACGAGGUCUCAAGUGUAGACACUUACAAAUGAUUGCUCUCGAAAGUAUCGUUGAGGCCAAUCGCUAGCACGGAAUGAGUUAUGCCAUAGUGUACAGCGGGCCCGUGGGAGCAAUCCUACGCUUUUUCAUCGUUGGAGUCGAUGUCUAUUUCGUCAUGCAGAGUAUGUGGGCUUUGAAUACUUUCUUCUGUCGUGAAUUUUGGCCGAUGAUUUACCUGAUGUCUGGCCGAUUUGUCGAUCCUGCGUUGGCCUUUGCAUUGGCUGGAGAAUACAACAGUUUCUCUAUUGUCAUGACACUCUGGACCGACAGAGUUCCUGACUACGGCUGGAUCCUCAUGGCUUGGGCAUUUUUCCAAACCACUUCGCUUCUUGGUGUUGCUAUGUACGGAGAGAUGGAAUUUUGGCUGGCCUUUUUCAAAUUCCUCUUUCUGGCCUUAACAGCUGGCGAAAGUGCGAACCCGAAGCGGGAUCUCCCUAAAGCGAUCAAGCAGACCUUCUGUUCAAUCAUCGUCCCUGCCAACUCGCUGGGUCUCCUCACCGCCACGUCGAAGUCUGGGGCCGGAAACCUGAUCAACGUUGUCAUCAUCACCGCGCUUUUAACUUCAGUCAACUCCUCGAUUUAUAUUUGUUCGCGGUCCCUUUUGUCGCUGGCAAAAUUGGGACGUGCCCCAAAAUCUUUGCGAAGACGUCUGCCGACGGAUUUCUUGGGACUUUUAGCUCUUCUCAACUACACUGUAGACGCUGGAAAAGUGUUUACAUAUCUCGUCGAUAUUAGAGGUGCUGCUACCUUUGUUGCCUGGGCAUUUAUUGCUCAAGGCCUCGAUCUCAAUGUCAUACCAUACCGGGCCUUGUGGUAUCCUUACGGGGCAUGGUUUGUUUUAUUCAUCAGUAUCUUCCUUGUUCUCACCUCUGGUUAUACUACACUCAUCCCAUCGUUCCACGCGGUCAAUUUUGUGUUCAACUAUAUUGUCCUUGUAAUUUUUGUACUGUUGUUUAUUUCCUGGAAGCUGCACAAGAAGAUGAAAUGUUUACCACUUAUGGAAAUGAACCUGGCCACUGGACGAACUCCCGAGACUUCACAACGUCACGUCUCACAGGCGGGAAGGCGCGUCUUCAUGGGACACGCUUCAAAUUUGACGGGCUUCGUUUGCUCGAAUUGCUUCAUUUAUUAA